AUGCCGAUCUUCCGAGCUAUGGCUUCUUUCGGCCUCCUGCUCUUCUGUCUCCAAAUCAACCUUCCCUCCGGGCGAAGCUGGCAAGUGCUUAAAAACGAUGCCGCGGAGUUCAUCCCAGAUUUCCUGGACAAGACCUUUGGGGCAGCGGAGCCGCCAGCGCAAGCGGCGUUUGCCUACAACGAGACCGAAAUCACGAGCAACCGAGCCCAGCAAGGACGGAGGAAUUCCCAGGUUUCUUCGGGAAGGAUGGAACCCCUGGAGUUUGGCUGCCGCGAAGUCUUUGUCACCCGCUACAUCACCAGCGGCCCUUGCCGCAGCACCAAGCCAAUUAAGGAGCUCGUAUGUUCUGGCCAAUGCGUGCCAACUCAUCUCCUCCCCAAUUCAAUUGGUAAGGGGAAAUGGUGGAGGCAGCAUGCCAUGGAUUACCGCUGCAUCCCGGCACAAGGUCAAUUCCAACGUGUCCAGUUAACCUGCCCUGGUGAGGAUAUUCAGUUUAUCAAGACCAGAAUCAUCACUUCCUGCAAAUGCAAGAGAUACACGCGCUACCACAACCGUUCUCAGCUCAAGGACUUCAGCAAGGAGACCACCCGUCCUCAGAAAAACAAAAAACCUCGGGUCCCCAGGGCCAGGGGCAGCAAGACCAACCAGGUGGAGCUGGAGAAUUCCUUCUAG